AUGGUGAAGUAUCCCAUUCCCUUGAUAGCAAAGGUGGUUCAUGAUUUAAUGUUUAACCUUAGUGUACUUCAAAUUCUGGGUGUAUGCCGUUUCUCACUUAUUAUGCUUAGUAGACUUCCUGAUAAUAGGAUCUCUCCUGGCAUAGAUGAGUUGGUCAAGAAGCUGAAGGCUAAAAAUACUAAUGUUUAUUUGAUCUCUGGAGGCUUUCGUCAAAUGAUCAAUCCUGUUGCAUCCAUCCUUGGGAUUCCGCCUGAAAAUAUUUUUGCUAACCAAUUGCUCUUUGGAAGUUUGGGGGAGUUUCUAGGGUUUGAUGCUAAUGAGCCUACUUCAAGAAGUGGAGGAAAAGCAACUGCAGUGCAGCAGAUAAGGAAGCUGAUUAUGAUGAUAAACCGGGUUCAUGGGUACAAGGCUCUGGUUAUGAUUGGUGAUGGUGCAACUGAUCUUGAGGCUAGAAAGCCAGGUGGUGCCAACUUGUUCAUUUGCUAA